AUGGAGUUAGAAGAAAUUCUGUCUAAAGAAAGAAAUAAAUUAAUGUGGAUAAAGGAUAAUUUAGCUUCAGCACAAAAGGCAUUAUUAGAGAAAGAUUCCCUUCUUCAAGAAGCUAAUGCUCAUUUAGCAGAGCAGAUUUUGAAAGUAUCCAGUGAGUCGAAGUAUAAUGAAGUGAUUGGAGGUGAUAGUGGACUAGAGAAAGACAUCCGGCAAUGA